AUGCUCCCCUUGCGUUUUUCCGCCAGAGUCGACAGCCUUUUGGCUCUUGACCCCCCUCCAAAGUACAUGAAAGACUUUGACAUGACCAAUUCGACCUUUUUCAGGUAUAUUCAAGAGGAGAAGGACAGCCCGGACCUCAAAAUCUUGGAAAUUGCCGGCAGCGAGCGCUAUCACUUCCUUGUCUGGAGUCUCAGCCUACCGAAGACGGAAUUCAAGAUUUCGCCAAAUGGCCGCGUUGCUCUCUCUGGAGAAUUCGUUGCAGGAAACGCCAAAUUUAACUGCACUCGAUGUCACAUAUCUGAGCUAGUCCAAAUGCACAAGGCACACACAGAUGAGCAGUUUUAUCACGGAGGAUCUCGUGUCGAGUUUCUGGAAGAUACCCCGCAGAUGAAGGCGUGGCAUGUCUUCAUGCAUCCACGAUUCGACUAUCUUGUUGGGAGACGGGUGAAUCUCACAGAGGACGCCGAUUCACUCUAG